AUGUAUGAUGAGGAAACCGAUGGGAUGCUUUAUCAAGAAGAGGGAGCUGAGGAAGAGCUUGAGAUUGAGCUCAAUGAGGAUGAGCCAGCCUUUUUAAAUGGACAGAGCAGGUAUUCUGUUGAUAUGUCACCUGUGAAAAUCUUUAAGAAUCCAGAAGGGUCACUAGGUCAUACAGCUGCUCUUCAGUCUGCACUCAUUAAGGAGCGUAGAGAAGUGCGUGAGCAGCAGCAAAGAACCAUGUUGGAUUCUAUCCCAAAGGAUCUCAAUCGUCCCUGGGAAGAUCCAAUGCCAGAGGCUGGUGAGAGGCAUCUUGCACAAGAACUUAGAGGUGUUGGUUUGUCGGCAUAUGAUAUGCCUGAGUGGAAGAAGGAUGCUUUUGGGAAAACCAUCAGUUUUGGGCAGAGGUCUAAACUCUCAAUCCAGGAACAGAGGCAGAGCUUGCCUAUCUACAAGCUGAAGAAAGAAUUGAUUGCAGCGGUGCAUGAGAACCAAGUGCUUGUUGUCAUUGGUGAGACUGGUUCGGGUAAGACAACACAGGUAACGCAGUAUCUUGCAGAAGCGGGUUACACGACAAUGGGUAAGAUUGGUUGUACACAGCCACGUAGGGUGGCUGCCAUGUCCGUGGCCAAGAGGGUUGCUGAAGAGUUUGGUUGUCGUUUAGGAGAGGAAGUGGGCUAUGCAAUUCGUUUUGAGGAUUGCACUGGUCCAGAUACUGUCAUCAAGUACAUGACUGAUGGUAUGCUUCUUAGGGAGAUUUUGAUUGACGAGAACCUUUCUCAGUAUUCUGUGGUCAUGCUUGAUGAAGCUCAUGAGAGGACAAUCCACAAAGAUGUUCUUUUUGGACUACUGAAGAAGCUUGUGAAGCGGAGACCAGACCUUCGUUUGAUUGUCACAUCUGCUACUUUGGAUGCGGAGAAUUUUUCCGGUUAUUUCUUCAACUGUAACAUCUUCACUAUCCCUGGGAGAACUUUUCCUGUAGAGAUACUCUACACUAAACAGCCGGAAAAACCUGAAGGUGACAUCCUUCUUUUCUUGACUGGACAAGAAGAGAUUGAUUUUGCAUGCCAGUCUCUUUAUGAGAGGAUGAAAUGUCUUGGUAAAAAUGUCCCUGAGUUGAUUAUCCUACCAGUGUAUAGUGCCCUUCCUAGUGAAAUGCAGUCAAGGAUAUUUGAUCCUGCCCCACCUGGUAAGAGGAAAGUAGUUGUGGCUACUAAUAUUGCUGAGGCAUCACUGACCAUUGAUGGGAUAUUUUAUGUCAUUGAUCCUGGUUUUGCAAAGCAAAAUGUUUAUAACCCAAAGAUUCACUGGUUAUAA